AUGGCUAACGUGCAGCAGGGCGAGAAGCAGCUCUUCGAGAAGUUCUGGCGAGGGACUUUUAAAGCUGUGGCCACGCCGCGACCCGAGAGCAUCAUCGUGGCCAGCAUCACGGCCCGCAAGCCGGUGUCCAGUGGGACACUCAGAUGCUUGCCAUGCCCUGCAGAGGACAGAUGUCCAGAAAAACUGAGCAGCCAUGGGGUCAAGGAGACUUCCACUACCAAUGGCUGUGCUAAAGGGAAGGGGAGACGGGACUAUGCUGACUACAGAUCACGCAGCCCCUCCUGCAACGAGGAGUGCGUGGUGCUGCCAGCCCGGGGGAAGAAGAAGAAGAAGAAAUUGGGCCACAAGAAGCGAAGGAGGUCCCCCUCCUAUAGCCCUACUCCUGUGAGGAAGAAGAAGAAGAAAAGCUCCAAGAAGCGAAAGAGAAACAGGUUAUCUUCAAAGAAGAGAAGACACAGUUCCUCAAGCCCCAAAAGUAAGAGAAAGGAAGAAAGAAAACACAAAAAACACUCUCGUGGGCGCACCAGGAAGUCUCAUCGCCACCGUCACUGCCACUCUUGCUCUGAGAGCUCUGACUACCACUCCCCCAGCUGCAGAAGCAGGCACAGAGCCAGGUCUCGGGAGGAAAGGCACAAAACACGGCAAAGAUGCUCCUGGCACCAUUCAAAGAGCACGGCAAAGACAAGCUUCUCUGCAGAGGUUCAGGCCAGCCAAAAAUCCAGCCAAUCCCUCCUGUUCUACAGCUUCCUGUCUCCUAAGGAAGUAAUCUCUCAGUCAGGGUCUUCUGCUGACCUCUUUACCAAAACAGACAGCUCACUUGGCAACCUAGCCAGCCAGAAUGGAGAGUAUCAUGAAUAUGACUCAGGAAACGAUACUUCCUCCCCUCCCUCCACUCAGACAAGCUCAUCCAGAUCAAAGGACAGCCAGGAGAAAAGAACUGCAGUCCAUGAUGGCUUUGGCCAUACCUUCUCCUCCAGCAAACCCAAACUGGCCAACAGUGAUAACAGCUCGGAUUCAGGAAAUUCUUUCACCAGUUGCUUUUCCCAGACCAAGGGAACAGCUUUGGAAAAUCUGUCUCCAGAUGCCCAAGGACAAGAACAAAGAGGGUUCCCGUCCUUGUGUCUCAGCUUUUCAGAGAAGAAGAAGCGAAACUUCCCCCAGUCCCCCAUCCCCAGCUCCCCCCUGAGGCCAUGUUCCCGCAGUGAGUCCUACACCAGCACAGGCAGAUCCUCCAGCCCUUCCAGCCGCUCCUGCUCCUCACACCGCAAGGCCUUUCCCAGGUACUCCAGAAGCAGGUCCUGCUCUUCAGGGAAGAGGUCUUCGUCACGUUCCCGCAGCUAUUCCUCCAAAUCCUGCAAAAAAAGUCCUGGGAGCAGGAGUUCAAGGCCUCGCCGGAGCCCAAGUUACUCCCGCUACAGCCCUAGCAGAGACCGUGAGCAAGAGCACAAGCACGGCUCCAGUGAGAAGGAGUCUCACAGGGAGCGUGACCGCCGGCGGCAGCGAUCGUAUUCACCCCUGAGGAAACGCAGGAGAGACUCUCCCAGCCACCUUGAAGCCCGUCGCAUCACGAGUGCCCGCAAACGCCCCAUCCCUUACUACCGUCCCAGUCCCUCCUCCUCCAGCAGCGCCAGCAGCUAUUCCUCCUGGUACAGCAGCUUUAGCCGCUCCCGCAGCCGGAGCUACUCCAGCUACCGGACGAGUCGGAGCCGCAGUCGGAGUCGGAGCCGGAGCUGGAGCAGCAGCGCCGAGAGCAGGAGCCGCAGCCGGAAUUCGGGCCCCCGGAGCUGCAGGAGCAGGAGCUAUGACUCAGGAGGCAGCUCCAACAGCCUUCGUCGCUAGGGAGUGCCGCCUCCGAAUUCCUGGCAUUCUCCACUUCCUUCCCACCUACCUACCUGGCCAUCGAUAGCAAUCAUCCUCGAUACUGCUGUGGUGGCAGGGCCGGGUCCCCCUUCCCCGGUUCAGAAUAAGAGCCCUCGUGCAGCCCCUUUGCCAACUCGUGGAGUGAAUGGAUCCAUCUCAGCUCCCCAGGCCAGGGCUGGAAGAAGUGUUGGUGCUUUACAGAGCGUCUGUCACAGCAGACCUGCUCCAUUCUGCCUGAUAUUCCUGUC